GCGAAUCUAAUGACAAGCGCGUCACCUUUGAACAAGCCAAGCAGGCUGCGGAUGGAAAAGACAUCAUCCGCUAUGCCAUUGGGGUUGGUAACCACUUCAGCAAUGUGCAAGAUGAGUUGCGCAAAAUUGCCUCCUCAGCUGAAAAUAUUUUCCCAGUGGGAAGCUUUGCUGGACUUAAUAAUCUUCAGAAGCAGCUGAAGGAGAAGAUCUUUGCUAUCGAAGGGACGUCUGGAGCAUCACCUGGCAGUUCAUUUACGCAAGAGCUUUCUCAAGGCGGAUUCAGCACCCUCCUCACCCCAGAACAUGUGGUCUCUGGAACCGUGGGUGCUUACGGCUGGUCUGGAGGUCUGGAGGAAGAGUCCUUUGGAGACCAGCCCCAUAUCAAUUUCCUGAACAUGUCCCAGGCUAGCUACAAGGAUUCCUAUCUGGGCUACGCAGUGGUUCUGGCUCGCCGUAGCCGGCAGACGUUCUACGUGGCUGGAGCUCCGCGCUACCAGCACGUUGGGCGGGUCGUGAUCUUUGAAAGCCGGAACAAGAAGUUAAUGGGAUAUGUUUCGGGGAGGCAGGUGGGUUCUUAUUACGGCUCAGUGCUCUCCAACAUGGACCUAAAUGCAGAUGGAAAUACUGACCUCAUCCUAAUUGGGGCUCCUUUUUACUACAACAGAACACAAGGUGGGCUUGUUGAAGUCUGCUCCAUCAGCGACAUGGGCAGGCUUGUUCGCCUCCAAGCACUUGGUGGAGUUCCCGGCAACGGACUCGGCCGUUUUGGGGCCGCCAUCGCCUCUUUAGGGGACGUGAGCGGGGACGGCCUUGCGGAUGUGGCCAUUGGAGCCCCCAUGGAGGAUGAGGAUCGCGGGGCUGUUUACAUCUUCCUGGGGGAAAAGGACAGGCUGAAGGAACUGCACAGCCAGCGGAUUGCUGCCACCUCUCUUUCUCCCACGCUCCAUUUUUUUGGACAGUCCAUCCAAGGAAGGCUGGAUCUGAGUGGGGAUGAACUGACCGACCUUGCCGUUGGGGCGCUAGGAAGCGCAGUGCUGCUUCGAUCCCGGCCUGUUUUCACGGUCAUCUCUUCGCUGAGUUUCUCACCUCCCUUGAUCCCACUGGAUGACCCUAAGUGUGGAAGUGGGAAUGUUUCUGGAGCCAGUUCCCGUGGCAACCUCACUCUCUGCUUCACCCUGGAACUCAUCAGCACAAAAUGGAGUCACGGUGCCCUGAGAGCCACGAUCUCCUUUAAUCUCCAGUCUGAUGCUGCCCAGCCUCUGCCGCGCCUUACACUAGACAGCGAAGCACGCAACAUGUCAAAAACCAUCCAGGUUGGGAUUAUGCCGAUCUGUGUCAACAAGACUCUCCAGGCUCAGCCUUGCCUGGCUGACACUGUCACUCCCAUGGAGCUGCGGGCAGAUUUCUCCGUUCGGGAAGAACCAGACAUUUCUUCCAGGAAUCUACGGCCCAUCCUUGACCCUGAGACUAAUAUGUCCACCAUGAUCCAGGUUCCCUUCGAGCAAGACUGUGGCCCUGACGACAUUUGUGUGUCUGAUCUUCGGGUCUCCUUCAACUUUUCAGGGUCGAAAGGUCUUCCGUUGAGUCCCAAUUUCAUACUGAAUGUAACGGUGAAACUAGAAAAUGCGGGAGAGACGGCCUAUGAGCCGAGACUCUCCUUCUACUACUCCCCGGUUUUGUCCUACCAGGGGGCUUCAGUUCUUCGGUCAAAUUGGCGCCUGUCCCCCGCUUGUGAAAUGCACGGAUCCCAAGGCAACGCGUCUGUCCGGCACAGCUUCUGCCGCUUCAGCCCUCCGGCCCUCAAGCGAGGCGUUCAGGCCUUCCUCCAGUUUUCCUUCCGCUCCUCCAAAGGCAGCUCCUGGCCUGACAAGUUUGUUUACUUCACUGUCCAAGCGCACAGUCGGAACGAGAACGACACACUGAGCGACAACGAGGCCACGGACCGGCUGCCAGUGCUUUACCCGGUCAACGUUAUCGUCAAGGGGCUUGAGUCCACAACAUACCUCAAUUUCUCUACAAAUGACCCAGAGAAGAAGAUUCUUACGCACGCUUAUGAGGUCCAAAAUGUGGAUGCAAACCCCACUCCAGUCAAUGUGACCUUUGAACUCCCCUUAGAGACUGAACUGGGGUUCUUCUGGAAUGUCACCCCAGUCCACAGAGAUGUGAUGAACCAGUUCUCAUGUACGUCACCGCUCACCCUCAAGGCAGGAAUCAAGGCAAAGGACCUUGAAGGACCAACUACGCGCGGAUGCCUGGGGGCCUCUGUCUGCACCAAGGUUCAGUGCCUGAUCACCAGUCUCUCGCAGGGACAGAAGGUCACGUUCAAUUUUUCUGGGGAAUUUUACAGACAGGACAACUCUGUCAAGCUGGAAUCCAAGAAAGUCCAUCUUCGCAGCGAGGCAUCUGUGGUGGUGGAUGAGACCAAGUUUUUCCAGGAUCAGCCAAAGGAAUUCCACUUCCGCCAGAUCAGCACUGAACUCGAGCUCAUUUCGCCAUUCGACCCUGUCCCCAUCAUUGCUGGCAGCACCGUCGGGGGCAUCUUGCUCUUAGCCAUCUUGGUUGGAGUUCUCUAUAAGGUUGGAUUCUUUAAACGCAACCGCGUGCCCCAUCCGGAUGAAAGCGCUGCAGGACAAGCGGCCCCCAGUGAACAAGCCACGCCAGCAACUUGCAGCUCCUAAGUCAUGGGGCAGUGAGGCUGGGGUUUCCCUAGCAGCCACGAUGCCUUUGUUUUCUCGGAAUAGGAACGGGGCAAAUAGAUUCCGGGGGAUUACAGCCGAGGCUCUUAACGUGCAACCGCCAUGCCUCAUUCAUGGAAUUUUAUAGGAGGGUCCAGGUGAUGUCCUCACCAUUUCUUUCCACGUUUUUCUUGCCGUGGAAAAGUCAAGAAAGAAAAGAUGGAGUAGCUGCGCCCGCGUGCCUUUUGAUAGUUAGCACUCUGAGCCCUCCGUCUGGAAGCAUACACGGGCGAAACAGACUGGG